UAUUCAACAUCUUCCAUCUCCCUAGCUUUCUCCAUCUCUCUGCCUACAAUACGUGAGAGUCUUUCAUUGAAUCCAAAAGCCCAACUCCUCCUCCGUCUUUGUUCUGCCUCUCCUUAUAAAACAAAGAGCCUUUUUUUUUUUCCCUUUGUAAUUUAGCACACCAACUCCUCUGUUCUUCCUCUGCCUCCCCCAUUAAGCAGAGGAGAUAAAUUAUAUUGUUAUGGCAACGAUUGUGUGCCAAGGUUUGCAGUCAUGUCUAGACUCCCAUCUUGCCGAGCCAACAUCAGUGAGGCUCAAGCUCUCUUCACCAAGACCACAAUUCCCUCAACCACAUGAAUUAGCCUUAAAAUCUUGCCUUUUGGAUUCCAACGCCAAAGAAGAUGAAGACGCUUGCCACAUUCAGGAGACUUGCAACAAGUCCUAUAAUCAUGGCUCCUCAAAUCCUGACAUGGGUGGCUGGAGUUUCCUCCAAGCUAUCUCCGUAGACGCAAUGGAGAAAGAAAACGCCUAUGUGCAUCCUCUUGUGAAGCGUUCUUCAGCCAUGCUCAGCGAGAAAAGCUUGGAAUUGUGCACUGAAAAUUUGGGCAACGAGACGGGCACCGACAUCAACGAAGGCAGCAUUUUCUCAUUGCCUUCAUCGGACUUCAAGGGCGGGAAUUCUCCGACAAGGGAACAAGCCAAACCGCGCCAACUUUUUGGAGCUAAGAAAGCGAAUCCUCAUAAAUUUCCACCUCCCUUGACAACGAUAAGCGGGUCGGAUUCUCUUCGAGUUAGGCCCCACCGUGAAGGGGGGCGGCUAAUAAUCAAGGCUGUCAAGGCCCCAGCAACAAACAGUUACUUCCAAGCUGAAAGAAGCCAUGGCCGCCUUCGAAUAUGCUUUUUCAAAAACUGGGUCGACUCGGAAGAACUGGCUGAGAAUGAAGAAAAUGAAGCAAGCGAUGAAGAAGAAGAAGAAGAAGCCUUUGAAAAUGACACCUAUGAAGAAAAGCCACAAGAAGAGGAAGACGAAGAGGAAGAAGAAGAAGAAGAAGAAGAAGGCCUAGAUGAUGAUGGAGAGAGUGAUGUUUACUUGGGUCAAGAGAUGAUGGAUGGUAAUUAUGUGAAUUAUGAUGAGGCCGAAAUGGGAAUUAUGGAAAAGUUUGAGAGGCCAACAAGGUGCAAAGAAGGUGAUCAGCAUGAGAAAAAGAGAUUGUUAGAUUGCAAGCCCUUGUGGGUGGCUACUUAAUUAACUCCUUAAGCUUUAUUUUGGAUCUCUAUGUAACUAUAUUCCACAAUUUUUGUGUUUUGUCCCCCCCUUCUCUUCCAUGGAUCCCCUAUUUCCUUCAAACAUGCUUGUGGUAGGUAGUUAUUAUCGUUACAUGGAGGGACACUCAAAUAGUCAAUCUUAUUUAUAUUAUGUAUGAGCAGCAACAUUAGCAAGUAAUUAAGAACUGACCAUUUUGAGCCAA